ACUAACUCUCACUGUCUCACUGUGUGUUUCCAGAUCGGUACUUUAACAGCUUCUUCUCUGUUAUUCGUGUAUUUAACGAUGAAACAACAACCUGAAAUGUGAUUGUGUGUGAACAACAGACGUCGACGUGGUUAUAUGCUGGAUUUUAAUUCACCUGGACUCAUAAUAACAGGUCUCAGAGCUGCGGAGCAUCAUCUGACCAGAGCUGAAACUACUGACAUCCAUUAAAUCAGAUCAUUCUGUGUUUGACGAUGAAGACGGACAUGCCUUACAACCAGCUGGAGGACGUGGAGAGGAGGAGACAAGAAUCCAACAGGAAAGCAAAUGAGUACUCCAGAUGUGUGUUAGCUCUGGCCACCGUGGCCACUGUGCUGCUGGCCGCCACGGCGCUCUAUAACCUCCUGACACCGAGGGUUCCCUCCUCCCAUCCCGGCCCAAGCAGCAGCCUCCGUCUGCCCCAGGGAGAGUCCUGCUCAGACCCCUGCAAGAUCGUUCUGGUGGAGAGCAUCCCUGAAGGCCUGGAGUUCAACUCCAGCACCACUCACCCCUCCAUCUACCAGGCGUGGGUCAACCUGAUGGCCGAGGCUCGCAGCAGCGUCGACAUCGCCUCCUUCUACUGGUCGCUCACUAACCAAGACACUGGCACUCAUGAGCCGACAGCCGAUCAGGGUGAGAGCGUUCUGAAGACACUAGCUGAACUUUCGGGGAAGUUGUCUGUUCGUAUCGCGGUGAGCACACCACAGGGGAGUAAACCACAAGCAGACCUCAGACUGCUCAACGACUCAGGAGCUGACAUCAGAACCGUUAACAUGAGGAAGCUCACCACAGGCGUCCUCCACACAAAGUUCUGGGUUGUGGACAAGAAACACAUUUACAUCGGCAGCGCCAACAUGGACUGGAGGUCCCUCACACAGGUGAAGGAGCUGGGCGUGGUGGUCUACAACUGCAGCUGCUUGGCUGCAGACCUGGGGAAGAUCUUUGAGGCCUAUUGGUUCAUGGGAGAGAGUCAGUCCAUCCCGUCACCUUGGCCCAGCAGCUUCUCCACCCUCUACAACAAGGACACGCCCCUCCAGUUGUCACUCAACAACACACCGUCCAACGUCUACCUGUCGAGUUCCCCUCCGUCCUUCUGUGCAGCCGGCAGGACUUCAGACAUUCAGUCCAUCCUCAGUGUGAUGGAAGACGCCCAGAGCUUCAUCUACAUCGCUGUCAUGAACUACCUGCCCACCAUGGAGUUCUCUCAUCCUAAAAGGUACUGGGCCGACAUCGACACCCAGCUGAGGCGAGUCGGGUACGAGAAGCGGAUCAAAGUGCGUCUGCUGAUCAGCUGCUGGGCCAGCACCCAACCCGUCAUGUUGCCCUUCCUGAAGUCUCUGGCUUCAGUUUAUGACCCCAAGAGCAAACUGGACAUCCAGGUGAGGCUGUUUGUGGUGCCUGCCAGCCCAAAACAGAAGGAGAUUCCCUUUGCCAGAGUCAACCACAACAAGUACAUGGUGACUGACAAGAUAGCCUACAUAGGUACGUCUAACUGGUCAGGUGACUACUUUGUGAACACAGCCGGCUCAGCAUUGGUCGUCAACCAGACGGCAUCACAGUCCCCGGAGCCAACCGUCCAAUCACAGCUGAAGGCCGUGUUUGAGAGGGACUGGGAGUCCGACUACAGCACUCCUCUCACUCAGCACUCCAACCUCAAAGACUUGUGUUAGUUUCAACAGCUAAUAUUAGUUACAAACACCAGAUCAGUGUGGACUCAACACAUACUGCAGUGUUAUACUGUAGUUACACAUUUAUUCAGUAUUUAAAGUUUCAUGCAUUUUGCACUAGCCAGCUGAAACAACACAAACGACCUCUCAGCUAAGCGGAGUUUCCCCAUUUUCUGAGGUCCAACGGAAGAUUGAUGACCUCCAGUAAACCUUACAGCUUUAGUGCCAAACUCCUAUUUCACCAAAGUAAUGUGUCAUCAAACCAGUAAACUGCCCAGUACUACCAGUCUUACACUGUCCAGGGUUGUUCAAGGGUGCCUUCUAAUUUUAAGGCAAGAAUUAUUAUGUAUCUCUCUGCUGUUUCUAUCAAAACUGGUCCAUGAAUCAAACUACAUGUAUGGGUCAAAAGCCAGGUAAAUCUGCUGUAACAUCGGAGCAGAAUGUACUGCAACAUGUUGCCACCAUCAUUGACAAAUUAUGAUUUGUUUCUUUUAAAAAAAACUCCAACCGACUUCUUCGAUUACCUCAAAUUCAGUUAAUCAUGUGGUUUCCAUCGUGUAGUGGCAGUAGCAGAAGGUAGUUUCAGCUUCUCAGUCACGUCUCUUCAUCACGUUCUCAUCCCAACUCGUCACAUACUGACACUUUGUCAGUGACCCCUCAGCGUCACUUUUCAGUCGCAGUAAACACAUGCUUAAUGUUGUGAAUUAAACAAAAACACUUAGUUUUAGGCAACAAAACCACUAUAGUUAGGUUUAGUAAAACAACAUGGUUGGGGAUAAAACUACUUCCUAUCCACCUCCCCUCCCGCCCACCCAGCGUGUCUCUUUUGCUCUUUACACUACGCCACCACAGUCACUACCGGCACACUUUCCUUGAGUGUUUACUGUUGCCACAGAUGGGUUUACAUUGUAGUUAAUGGAAAGCCCAGUGCGUCUCCUACCGUCACUUAAGGGUGCCUUGUGCGGCGGUAUUAAAACGCCGACGGCCGUGACAAAGCGUCUGUAUUUGACGCCCUGGGAAUGAGAACGGGCUGGUCUGUUUGAUGAUGAGACACAAUGAUGCUUUCAACUGGCUCCCAUAGAACUCCAUGUUAAGUGAUCUAUUCAUUGAUCACUUUCUAGUUUUAUAAAAUCAAUCACAGUGCAUUUCUUUUCUACAUCAGCCUCAGUGGGAGUUUUUAUAUCCCAGCUCACCUCAGGGAGUAGAGUCUUUUCUUAAUUGAUCAUUUUAGUUUGCUGGAAUAAUGAAUGCGCAAGCUGCUGUGCUGUGCCUGUAAAUAAGAUUCAGGCUUUUUAAAUUACACUCUCGGUCUUCACGACUGUUUUUAAAAUGAAUUAAUUUGUGUGUACAAUAGAUUGGAAGUUUGCAGCCGCAGUAAAUGAAGAUGAACUAAUUGAAUUUCCACUGUGUGGAGUGAUUUGAAAUGACCAAUUAGUGAAGAGGUGGUUGUUAUGGCAACUGUCCAAAGAAGCGUGUUUACUAGUAGCAGCAUAAAAAAAGCUCUGAGGCAGUUAUCGUGUACAUGUCCUUCUUUCCUCCCUCUUCAUAAAGAAAUGACUCUCAAUAAAUGAAUUUGAAUCAAA